AUGGGAGACUCUCUCGCUGAAAGACACUCCGCUGCCCUAAAGAUCCUUCACGAUUUGGGAUCGCUACUCAAUGACGUGGAGUCACCGGGAGACAUCGCGCGUGCUCAGGCCGAUUACGAUGCUGCAGAAGAGCGACACAGCCGUGAACCGAACCCAGAGAAAAAGAGGGCCCGGUGCAGGGAACUGGUUCAGUACGGAGAUCAGUUAGAUGAGGUGCUAGAGCAGCAUAAGGCAGCUCAGGCAAAGCGCAAAGAGCAGCUGGACCUCUUUGACUCAAUAUUAUCCAAAGAAGGGUAUUAUAAGCUCAGUGCUCAAGCUUCCUCUGCUGCUGGCACUGGUACCAGCUCCGAUCUCCAACACAAUCAAGCAACCGAGCAAGCCUCUGAAACGCAGGGAAAUACUGUACAAACUCCAGGCCCCGGCCCCAGUCACCUUUCAGGCCCUCCCAACGACCGAGCAACUCCUGAGACUACCCAAUCGCCACAAACCACCGGUAUUCGGAACACGAUCGAGCCCAGAUCGACCCCCUCGCGAACACACAGCGCUACUCCAUCAAGAAGAAGCUUCUCGACAGACGUCGAUCAGCAAGUGGGAAUUGAACCGACCAGCGAAACAACGCGGCCGCAUAAGAGAAGUGGCAUCACCUCUCUACCUCACUCUACAAAGCGCCACCGACAAAGUGCCUCAAGCGACACUACAACACAAAGAACAAUUACUUUUGAUGAGGUGUACCAAGGUGGCAAAGCUCGAUGGAAACACAGAAUUGUCAAUAUCCAUGGGCUCUGCUAUAUCUUUGGAUGCGAGCAACACAAAAAGCAUUUCUGCAAGGGCAACCCCCUUCAGGCGGCUAUGAGCCAUAUCAAAGGCAAAGGACACUCUAUUAAGAGGUCCAAUGCUACUCAGGCUAUGAGAUUGCUUGGGACUCAAGUCUUGCGGUGCACUGAAGCAGAUCUCCAGCUGAAUAACAAGGCUGUAGACAGUUACUUGGCAGAGCAGGAGGAGAAAAACAAGCAUCGCAAGGCUUCUACCAUGAACCUCGCAAAGGCUCCCCAGACGGAUGAGAUACACAUGGCUUGGUUCGGUGACGACGAUAAGGGCUAUUGCCUGCACGCCUUUCUGGUCAUGCCAUUCUUCCCGCGGCCCGACGAUGGCAUGGACAUCCAAUCUGUUACACAGUCAGACCUUGAUGUCGAUAUCCCCGCUUGUUACAAGCUUAAUGAGACGUCUGAUGGGUAUGAUUGGGCUGAGGGCUACGAGGAGCACGGGAAAUAUGCCAAUAAUAGGGUUUACCCGAUAAUGUGCCUUGUUGGUGAAGCCCCUCACAAGGUCGAUUGGCUUCCAGUCUGUCACUUUAGGAAGCUCGAUCUUGGAGACGAGGAUCUGGAGGAUAAGGACGUUAUCAAGGCGUUCAUGCGCAAAAGCACGGCAGGCAAGUAUCGUUGA